UUGGGAAUCGUAAGAUGGCAAACCAAGUUCAAACCAUUUUCCUUGAAGAAUGGCUGAGGAGCAACAGUGGUAGCAGCAUCAGCAGCUCAAUACAAUCUUCCUCCUCUUCAGCCAGAGCUAUUAUUCAAGCAUGGGCUGAUCUUAGGGACUCCCUUCAAAAUCAAUCUUUUCAUCCACAUCACCUCCAAUCUCUAAAGACCCUCCUUAGCUCCCAGAUGUCACUUUAUGUUGCAGACCCACAAGCAAAGCUUUUACUUUCUAUUCUAUCAUCGUCAAACCUAUCUCUUCCCCGCGAAUCUCAUCCUUUAUUUCUUAGGCUUCUCUAUAUCUGGGUGAGGAAAUCAUCCAAACCAUCUUCUCUGGUUGUUGAUUUUGCUGUUGAAAUCCUAUCUCGCCUUUUCUCUGCGCAGUUUGGUUCUAAUAAGAGCUCUUUAUUUUUCGCUGAAGGAGUUCUUCUUCUGGGUGCUUUUUCUUUUGUGGCAUCUACUUCUGAAAGGUCCAAAGCUGUUUGCUUGGAAUUACUCUGUAGGCUAUUGGAAGAAGAUUACCAAUUGAUUGGCUCCUUUGAAGGACUUAUUCCAUUGUUCUUGCGGGGCUUGGAUAUGCUCUAUGUUCUCCUGGGAAUGUUUAUUUUGUCAGAAUUCUGGAUUCUUUGUUUGGAAUUUGGAACAAGGAAGGUGGCCCUUCUGCUAGUGUUUCUCAUGGGCUCAUGA